AUGGGGGCCAGCGUACAGCAGAGCUUCAUCUGGCUGCCCGCAGGGCUCCUGCCACUGCCACUGCCACUGCCACUGCCACUGCCACCGCCACUGCUGCUGAAAGGUUCAAUGACCUUCCACAAGGGUCCCUCACAGAGGUCUCCACCCCCUCCUGGGUACCCCCCAGCAAGACAGCUGAAGAGGUGGCCUGUGACCUGGCAGUCCGUGAAGCCAGAGCCUCCUGGGAAGUUUGUCAUCCAGGUCUUCAAGGACUUUCAGCAACCCUUCACUGGCAGGUAUCCCACCUCACACAGGAUAUACUCGAUGCCUGUGCCCCAGGAGCCCCUGCGCCGUGUGGCUGUGACUGGGGGAACCCACGGCAAUGAGAUGUGUGGAGUCUACCUGGCCCGGCACUGGCUGCAGGCCCCUGGGGAGCUACAGCAACCCAGCUUCUCUGCUGUGCCCGUGCUGGCCAACCCAGCAGCCGCAGCCGUCUGUCGCCGCCACAUAGGCUGUGACCUCAAUCGCAGCUUCACCAAGGCCCUCCUUACUGCGAGCCCCACACCAGAUGAGCCCUAUGAGGUCACAAGAGCCCGGGAACUGAACCAGCUGUUGGGACCCAAAAACUCCAGCCAGGCCUUUGACUUUGUCCUCGAUCUGCAUAACACCACUGCCAACAUGAACACGUGCUUCAUUGUCAAUGAAACAGACCUCUUUGCCAUGCACUUGUGCCACCGCCUACAGCUGCAGAACUCUGAGUCACCCUCCUGGAUCUUGGUGUACCAGCCACCUGAGAGCGAAACAUUCAGCCUGGACUCUGUGUCCAAACACGGAAUGACCAUAGAGAUCGGCCCCCAGCCUCAGGGUGUGCUGCAGGCCAAACUUUUCUACAGGAUGAGAUCCCUGGUGGCCUCUACUCUGGACCUCAUUGAGCUCUUCAACCAGGGCACAGCCUUUCCAGCCUUUGAGAUGGAGAUCUACAGAUUACUGGAAUACAUGGAAUUUCCACGCACGGAAGAAGGGGACCUGGCUGGCAUGGUGCAUCCCCAGAUCCAGGACCAGGACUUUAAGCCUCUGCAGCCUGGCACACCCAUCUUCCAGAUGUUUAGCGGCAAGGACGUGCUCUAUGAGGGGGACUCCACUGUGUACCCCGUGUUCAUUAAUGAGGCUGCCUACUAUGAGAAGAACAUUGCCUUCAUGAAGACAGAGAAGCUCACAGUCUCAGUGCCGGCCCUGCCUGUGCUGACCCCCAGCCCUGCCCACUAACCUCACCAUACCUGCCUGGCCUCAGCCUUCCCAUCUGAACAGUGGUGCUGAGGUACAGGGCUAAGCCUAGAGGCCUGGACACUAUACUCCUUGUCAGGCCGCCCAAUGCCAACCCUCAGUUUCCUGUUAUAAAAUGGAAAAUGUUCAGGGGUC